AUGGCCGACCAACAACCUAGCAUCACAUCUAUUCUGGCGGCUUUAGCUGCUCAAAGGCCUACGGUCGCUCCUGCCCAAAAUCAGCAGCCAGCAUACCAACAACCACCUCAGCAACAUCCACCGCAACAACAGAAUCUGUACGCACCCCAAGGCGGAUACUCCUUACCACAACCUACGAGCUCGGGGAGUGUGGACCUUAGCAGUAUCAAGCCUGUGAACUCUGGAACGGUCAGUUUAACGGAUGCCAUUGCGAAGGCGAAAGCAAUUGCUGCGGAAAAGGGUCUCUCGUAUGAGCGACCUCCUCCUUCAUACGGUGCACAGGAUCCUCGCCUGGCCGGUGGUAGACCAUAUCAAAACUCUAGAUCUCGAUCCCGAUCCCCGCCAGCACGUCGAGAUGCCUACCGAGACAAUUCGAAUCCGUAUAGAGAUGAGCGACGAGGCGAUCGGGGACCUGUUGCGCGUGACUACCGCGAGCGGUCCUUUUCUCCUGGCCCAAGGGGCAGAGGUCCACCAAACGCAUUCCCGCCAACCCAUGGAGGCGGUUAUGCCACUCGAGAUCGGUCCCCUCCCCGAGGAGCAGACGACAAUGUUGAAUCCAUAUCCAUCGAAUCCAACCUUGUUGGUUUGAUCAUUGGUAGACAGGGCGAAAAUUUAAGACGUGUCGAAGCCGAGACUGGCUGCAGGGUACAGUUCAUCACGGGUCCCGAUGAGACUGGCCCUUACAGACAAUGCAAAAUUACAGGAACUCGAGCUGCUCGAGCAAAAGCCAAGGCCGAAAUCAAUCGCAUAAUCGAUGACAGUGGCAUGGCUGCGAAUGCUCGUGCUGCUGCAGAGCGACCUCGGGAUGGACCGCCUGGCCGCGCUUCGUCACAUCAACCAGCCUUAAGAGAUGGCGAGGAUAGCAUGCAAAUCAUGGUGCCUGAUAGAACCGUCGGCCUCAUCAUUGGUCGAGGAGGGGAGACAAUCAGAGAUUUACAGGAAAGAAGUGGCUGCCAUGUCAAUAUCGUUGGAGAACAGAAGAGCGUCAAUGGCCUUCGACCUGUCAAUUUGAUCGGCUCCCGAGAGGCGGCGGCUAAAGCCAAAGACCUGAUCAUGGAGAUUGUUGAGAGUGACAGUAAGAGCGCGGCCACCAAGGACCGAGUUCCGGCUUCAAGAGACGGUGGCCGAGAUCCAGGCUAUGGAGGUGGCUUUGGCGGCGCUGUUGCGGAUAAGAUCAACGAUUCCAUCUUCGUACCAUCUGAAGCUGUCGGCAUGAUCAUUGGCAAGGGCGGAGAAACCAUCAAGGAUAUGCAAGCAACAACCGGUUGUAAAAUCAACGUAUCGCCAUCUUCAGGUCCAGGUGAGGUUGAGCGUGAAAUCGGCCUGGUUGGAUCGCGGGACGCAAUCGCUGCAGCGAAGCGUGCCAUCGAGGACAAAGUUGAGGCAGCACAGAAGAACGGCGGCGGCGGCGGAGGUGCCAGAGCUCGCGCCUCUCAAAACGAUUAUGGAGAUAGAGCGUACUCCCAACCUUCGUAUGCUCAGCCACAAGGACAACAGAAAGCCCAAGCACCAGCACAAGCUACUGCCACCGCUGGCGCCGAAGACCCUUAUGCAGCCUAUGGAGGCUAUCAGAACUAUGUGGCACUGUGGUAUCAGGCCCUCGCACAACAACAACAGGCAGGUCAAGCCCAAGGAGACUCAUCAAAACCGCCCGGAACUUCGUAGCUGUCGACUUUGAACCCGCUUCAGGAUACGAGGCAUCGCCCAUGACUGCACGAUUCGCAUGACUUGCAUAAUCUUCGUCCGAGAUUGCACUGAGACUAUGACUUCGACUGGAUCCAUAUGACAUGCCUGCAUGCACAUGAUGACCAAUAUUCCUGAUUUCUGGUCCAUUUUUCCAUUUUCCAACUUGCCCUGGCAGAUUAAAGUGGAAAAUCUGACCACUCUUUUCUGCUACGGUCUGAUAUGACUCGAUGCCAACACUGAUCACUCGAACUUGCUAAGCUCACUUGCAUUGAUCUCGCCUUGCUUGCCAUGAUCUUGCUCAGCACUUGCGAUCUGAUACAAAUGACUUGCACUGAUUGGUCAAGCUCGCCCCGUUCGCGA